CCCCGCCCCCCCCUCUCCCGGCCCGCGUGCCGCUGCAACGGUCAGGCGGGAAGAAGGUUCUGGGGCCGUUUGUCUUUCGAACGGUUUCAAACGCCAACCGUCGCCAUGAACAUCCGCAACGCCCGGCCAGAAGACCUGAUGAACAUGCAGCACUGUAACCUGCUGUGUCUGCCUGAAAACUACCAGAUGAAAUACUACUUCUAUCAUGGCCUGUCCUGGCCACAGCUUUCCUAUAUCGCCGAGGAUGAGAAUGGGAAGAUUGUGGGCUACGUGCUGGCCAAAAUGGAGGAGGAUCCCGACGACGUGCCUCAUGGACACAUCACCUCACUGGCUGUGAAGAGAUCCCACAGGCGGCUCGGCCUGGCUCAGAAACUGAUGGACCAAGCUUCCAGGGCGAUGAUCGAGAACUUCAAUGCCCGUUACGUCUCCUUACACGUCAGGAAGAGUAACCGAGCAGCUCUACCUUACUCCAACACCCUGAACUUUCAGAUCAGUGAGGUGGAGCCCAAAUACUACGCAGACGGGGAGGAUGCCUACGCCAUGAAACGAGACCUCACGCAGAUGGCAGACGAGUUCAGGAAACAAUCAGACACGAAGGAGAGGCUGAGACAGAGCACGGCGGGCUUUCUGGACUACCGGCCCGACCACAGGCCUAGCCCCAUCCUCAACUGCUGCCGGGACGAGAGGUGUGGGGGUGGGGGGGGCGGGCGACGACACGAGGGGGCCGAGGACAGUGGGGACAGUAAGGAUGUCAGCGAGAUCAGUGAGGCGACUGAGAGCACAGACGUAAAGGACAGCUCAGAGGCUUCCGACUCCGCAUCCUGAGCCCCUCUUCUCCCCCCCCCCC